UAUAUUUUUUCGUAAAAAAUGUCAAAUAUUUAACAUCCUAUCUGAGGCUAAGUUUGUAAAGAAAGAAUCUUAUUCUGAUGUAACUCAACGUUAUAUUUUAUAUACAAAGGUAGCUAGUAUUAUAAACAAAAUGGCGCCAAAAUACAUCUUGACGUACUUUCCUAGUGGUGGGCGUGCUGAAUGCGCUCGUUUGAUGUUUCGUGUGGCUGAAGUUGAAUUUGAAGACGUACAGCAUACCUUUGCUCACUGGGGAACAAUAAAAAAUAACGUUGAUCAAUUUCCUUUGGCUCAGCUGCCUAAAUUAGAAGUAGAUGGACAUACAAUAAUCCAUUCUGGUGCUAUCUACAGAUACCUUGCUCAUGAGUUUGGUUUCUAUGGUGCAUGUAAUAAAGAAAGAUCAACGGUUGAUCAAGUUUGUGAAACAUUAAACGAUCACUUCACGAGUUUUGUAAAUAUCAUGUUUAAUAAAGAAUUAACAGAAGAACAUAAGAAGACGAAGUAUGAUGAAUGUUUUACAUCGGAUCAAGCAAAGCGAUACUUCAAUUACUUGACCAAAUUACUAAAGACAGCUAAUGAUGGAGAACACUUCUUCCUGGGAGAAAAGAUUUCUUUGGCCGACUUUGUCUUCUUUGCCCAACAUGAUAUGAUGAAAAAAGUCUACCCAACGUAUUUGGACUCCUAUCCGGAAUUGAAGGCGUUGGUUGAUCGUGUAGGGGCAGUAGAAGCAAUCAAGAAGCAUAUGGAAACAAGAAAAUAUUAAAUAUGCGUGACCUUUUUAUUUUAAAAGACUUUUUUGUUAGAUGUAUAUCAUAUGAUUAUAAUUUUCAAAAUUAGUUAGUUUUUA